CUUCUACUACCUAAUAACACCCCCCUUUCCUCUUUUUUUUUUUUACUUUUUACAAAAUGUCCGCACUUUCGGUUUAUAUCGCCGAAUAUCGCCUUGCUGAAAAGCAGAGAGCUGUUGAGAUCCUCCGUGAGCUUGCCAAACUCUUCUGCAAAACCCACGACCAUGAAAUCACUCCCUUGGGCCCCGCCCCGGGUAAUGAGGUUAGGGGAUAUAAAAUGAGCAUCGGAUGCGGCGAGGCGGGCAUUGGAUGGCAGGUGGAAAUGUGGAGGGACAGUAGUUGGAAGAAAAUAGUUCGCUGCAAGAAGGUUUCUCACCCCGUCGGUAAGUAAGCCUUAUGUGUGCUAUUCUGCUAUGACAUGCGGUGACUGAUCUGAGAAUUUUUUUUAAAUUUUUUCUCUAGAACCUGGGAGCACGAGAUUUCAUAUACUCCUUCUACCCGUGGGGGUCUGGCAAGGUGCUGUUUGCGAUGACAUCCUGGAACUCCAUAGGAGUGGACGGCUCGAGGAGGAGUGGUGGGAUUAUCCAAUUCCUCUAAGUGAGAAUCACAAGGAUGCCAUGUAUUUUCAUCCCCCCCCCCAGGCUCGAUUAUUGCUUUUUAUUUUUCUGAUUGUUGGGGAAUGGAAAAGUGACUACUACAAUGAGCCGGCUACCAACGACGAUCCGGAAAACGAGAUCAGAGCUAUUAAAGCUGGAUAUAAAGGACACGGGCCGACCAAGGUUGUUUACUGCCCUGGCUCCUAUAGUGUGGCUUCAAUCAUGAACGCCCGUAAGCAUGAGGCAGACAACCGGGGAUGGGAUGAGGGCAGCAGUGAGGGUGAAGAUGAGAGCGAGGACAGUGAAGAGGGAGGAUAGAGCGAGGGCGAAGAUGAGAGUGAGGGGGAUGGGGAGGACACGGAGGAUGAUUUGAAUUCGGAUACCGACAUCGAUACUGUUGUGGACGGGGAAGUAAACCAUCCAAAAAGGGAGGUCAAGCCUUCUAGCUAUGGGGAAUCUGAAGGAUCAGGUACCUAACCAAUCCAUACCUCUGCUUUCAUCUUGACCACGGAAUAACACACCAUCUGCUCUAGCUCCCCCUUACUCGCUGCGUAUUCCAAACGCACCGCUGACGGUUUCUGUUUCGCGAUAGAACUCGGCAUUUAGUUGAUCUUUGUAUCUUUUCUUUUCUUUUUUUUUUCUUUUCCCCUAAUUGUUGCUUGCCUCUCUACUGUUACCCGAUUCAGAACCGUUCAAAUUUGUACCCUAAACUGUUUCAGUAUGUACCCGGGAUCGGCUUCCAUUCUGAGGAAGGGGGGGGAAGCAUGUAUAAUGUGAUGUCGAAUCUUUGUUGCUUAUGCUCGACUUGGCUACUAUAACUAAUAAUAUCUCUUACUGUAAUUGCUCUCGUAGCGAGAAGUCUCUACUCUCGAGCGAGGGGGAUAGGGAGCGAUAGAGCAAUAGGAAACAACAGUCCCGAGUCAAUUUUUCAGGUUCUGGAGAGUGAGUAAAGCCAUAGAAAUGGCAUCGGACGAAUUAGUGAUCUAUUGAUUGAUUGCUUGGCCGUCCGGAAGGCCGUUCGCUAUGGACCCCUCACGUGGGUAGGCACUUGCUGAGAAUUAUGCAACGAACGGACGAACUAAUGAAUGGUGCUCUUGUCUCCACACUCCAAAAUUCACUCACUCG